AUGGCUUCCCCAUCAGACAUGCUUCGGGACUUUGAGAUGCUGCGCGCGCACCUCAUGGCGGUGCUCCGUGCGCAUGAGCAGGGCGCCGAGAGGGUCGGCUCUCCCCGAUCGGCUUGGACCGGUGAUGCAGCCGGUGAGAGCGAAGGCCCGACUAUUCUGCCGAAGAGCGUGCUUGGCCUCAUGGACCUGAUUGAGGAGUACAGCUUGAAGGGACAAGCAGUCUUCCAAAAGAUCGCCGACUAUGUUGCCAAGAUGGCCCCCAGUGAGCUGCAGGUUGCUGGUCGCGUUCUCAUGGAUACGUCGCUUCAGGCAGACUUGGCAGAGUCCCACCACCGUCUCCGAGAAACCAAGGCCGUGGUUUCGCACGAGGAUGACCAGAGCGAUCUCGCCAGCCGCACCUGGAAGUUCCUCAUGAAGAAGAUGGUGGCAGAAGGUGUGAAGCCCGAGAAGAUUCGCGAGGCUUUGGCCAAUCAGAAGAUCGAGCUGGUCUUGACCGCGCACCCUACGGAAGCCCAAAGGCGAAGUGCGCUGAAGAAGCACGAGGACAUGCUGACCUACUUGCAAAGGUACGACGGCAAAGACUCGCUUACACCAGGACAGCUGCAAGGCCUCGAUGACGAUAUCAAGGCCGUGCAGUGGAGUUGCUGGCGCACGAACACGGUGCGACGCACCAGGCCAACUCCAGAGGGAGAGGCGCGCAAUGGCAUGCUGGUCAUCGAGGACACUGUUUGGAAGGCGGUGCCGGAGUACUACCGCCGCAUCGACCGCUGCUUGAAGCGAAUUGGCCAACCGCAACUUCCUUACGGUGCGGCGAUUCUGAAGAUGAGCAGCUGGAUGGGAGGAGAUCGUGAUGGCAAUCCCAAUGUGACGUGGCACACGACCAAGCAAGUGGUGACACUGCUUCGCUGGCGCAUCGUGGAGCUGUAUUACCGCGAGGUGGAUGAGUUGCUCUACGAGCUGAGCAUGACGGGAGAGACCAGUGAGGAGCUUCAGCGAGAGAUCGAGGCUGUCAGCAGCAUGUGGUCGGCCCCGACGGUGCCCGGAGGCAAGGUUUGCCGCCCCGACGCUCGCAGUGGCGUGCACUGGAACUUCCACACGGGCGUGGCCGCCGACGAGCCCUACCGAAGGCUUCUGAUGGCGCUGCGCAGGCGCUGCUGGCGAACGAAGAAGACCAUGGAGGCCAUGUACAUGGGCAGCGACCCGGAGCCAGACUUCCAGAAGGAGGUUCUCACCUCCGUGGACGAGCUGGCUCGGCCACUGGAGAUCAUCUACCGCUCUUUGGUGGAGAGUGGCGAUGAGGCGGUGGCCAACGGCCGACUCCUCGAUCUCAUCCGCCGCGUCCGCACCUUCGGCAUCAGCAUGGCUUGCCUGGACGUGCGCCAGGAAAGUGACCGUCACUCCGAGGCUCUGGAGGCGAUCACCGAGUUCUUGGGCCUGGGGAAGUACACUUCCUGGUCCGAGCAGGAGAAAUGCGACUGGCUCGUGAAGGAGAUCGAGUCGAAGAGGCCCCUCCUGCCCGACGAUCUCGAAUGCAGCGACAUCGUUAAGGAAGUCUUGGCCACCUACAAGACCAUCUCUGAGUUGCCCAUUGAGGCCUUGGGCGCCUACUGCAUCUCCAUGUCCCGGGCUACUUCGGAUGUCCUGGCUGUGUGCUUGUUGCAGAAGAUCGGAGGCAUGAAGAAGUUCAUGCGCGUCAGCCCCCUCUUCGAGACACGCGAUGACCUGAUCAAUGCCCCGAAGGUGAUCGACGCCGCCUUUAGCGUGCCAUGGUACAAGAAUCACAUUCAGGGCAGCCAGGAAGUCAUGUUGGGCUACUCCGACUCUGUGAAGGAUGCAGGAAAGUUUGCCUCUACCUGGGAACUGCAUGUGGCGAUGGAGAAGAUCCUGGAGGUCGGCAAGAAGCAUGGUAUCAACGUGACCUUCUUCCAUGGCCGCGGUGGCUCCAUCGGACGUGGCGGUGGCCCUCCUCACCUCACUCUCCUGGCCCAGCCUUCAGGCUCCCUGGAGCGAGGUCAUCUGCGCUUGACCAUCCAAGGUGAGACCAUUGGCCGGCACUUUGCCAGCGCCGAGGUGGCGGAAAGGACGCUUGAGCGAUACUCCACGGCUGUGCUGAAGCACACUUUGACCCCACCGCCACUCCCAAGCCCGGAGUUCCGAGCAGCCAUGCAGGAACUGGCCGACAUCUCCGCGGAAGAGUACCAGAAGACCGUGUUCAAGAGCGAGAAUGAUAUCUUCGUCCGCUUCUUCCACACCUACACCCCCACUUCCGAGCUCGGACAGAUGAACAUCGGAAGCCGCCCUGCCAAGCGAAGGGCCUUCGGAGGCAUUGACACGCUCCGGGCCAUCCCCUGGAUCUUUGCCUGGACCCAGACUCGAUUGCUUUUGCCGGUCUGGCUCGGCAACGGCCUCGCCCUGCAGAAGUACAUCGAUGCCGGGAAGCUGCCCCUCCUGCAACAGAUGUACAAGGAGUGGCCUAUGUUCCAGUCCAUGCUCGACCUCAUUGACAUCGAGCUCGGAAAGGCCCAGCCCGACCUGGCCAAGCAUUACGAGACCAAGACGUUGAAGGAAGAGGACUUGAAGAAGUUGGGCCAGCAUCUGCGCGACGGUCUUCAGCAAGCCACUACCAACGUCCUCAAGGUCAAGAACAGCGACAAGCUGCUCACCAAGGACCCCAUUGUGAAGCAGUCCAUCGCCAUGCGCCGGCCGUUCCUCGACAUCUCCCACGUGAUCCAGGCCGAGGUGCUCCAGAGGCUCCGGGAUGCUCAGGCAAAGGACGAGGAGCCGCCGAAGGAGCUCAGGGAUGCCAUGAUCAUCUCCAUCCAGGCCAUCGCCGCCGGCAUGCAGAACACCGGCGUUGCGAGCGCCUCGCUCGCAUGUGCUGCUGGUGGAUCCGUGGUUUAUUCCGUUGCUGCCGAUCGCUCGAUGGAGGAGGCAAAAUCCAGCUCCCGCGAGGUCUGCGGCCAAAGUGUGGAAGAGUGCGAGGAGAUAUUAUCUCGAGCUGCAGCCGACGGAGGACGGGCGGCGGUGCUUCGCGCCCUGGUGUCGCUGCUGCGAGAUGCCUGGGAGGCGAGGGAAGCGCCGAAUGCAGCUGCCUGCAGCUGCACUGUCAGCACACUUAUCAAGGAAAGGAGGUGGCAAGACAGCUUGUUUCUCUGGAGGGAUCUUGCAGAAACGGAGCAUCUUCCCCUUGAUGUGGCAGCUUGCAGCAUGUUGGUCAGUGCCUGCUCUAAAGCAGAGCAGUGGGAGCAGUCCCUGGAGAUUUUUGCCUCUGCCAAGAGGCUGGACGAGAUGGCCUACUGUGCCGGCAUCUCGGCGAUGGAGAAGGGCUCUUUGUGGCAACCUGCAAUCUUUAUGCUGGAGAAGAUGGAAAUGGAGAGCCUGCAGUUGAGCGUCUUCUCCUACAGCGCCGCGAUCAGUGCCGGGCGAGCUUUCAGCUGUUGGCAGCAAGCGCUGCAACUGAUCCAGGGCAUGGGGUCCAAGCAGAUUCUUCCGAACACGGUGGCCAUAAACGCAGGGAUUGCGAAUUGUGAGCGAGCUGGCAAAUGGAUUGCGGCCCUGGCCCUAUUCGAGCUGAUGCUCAUUUCCGACUUGAGCCCCUCUGUGGUAACUCUGGGCUCUGUCGUGGCGGCCUGUGGCCGUGGUCAGCAGCUCACAGCAGCCUUGGCAGUUUGGGAUGCCUGUGCUGCGAUGGGGGUCCGCCCCAGCCACGAAGCAUGGUCUGCCUUGGUCGCGGCAUGUGAACGCUCUGGCGAAUGGCAAAAGGCCCUUCUUCUCAUGGAAGAGUCUGGCUCUAAGAGCGGCUUCAUUCUGAGCAGUGUCGUGAGUGCCUGCACUGGGGCCCAGCAGUGGGAGCGCGCCUUGCAUCUCUUGAACCGCCAGGAUCUCUUUCGGGAUCCUAUCCUGUGUAGCACCCUGGUGUCUGCAUGGGAGGCUGGUUCCCAGUGGGAGUCUGCGCUGCAAGCCUUGUGUGGAAUAGAGGAGAGGAGGCAGAUGCCCAAUGCUAUUGCACGGACUUCUGCCAUAGGAGCCUGUGAGAAGGCACAGCAAUGGGAGAGGGCCAUUGCACUCUUGCGGGCUUUCGAUGGAGAUUCGAUCGAGGCUGACAUCGUGGCUUUUGGUGCUGCGAUGAGUGCCUGCGAAAAGGCCUGGCGGUGGGACAUGGCCAUCGACCUACUGGUUCAGAUGAGCAUCGCAAAGAUAGAGAUGAACACUAUCGUCUACAACUCCGCCAUAAGCGCCUGUGGUACAGGCCGCAAGGUUGGCUUGGCCUUCCUGCUCCUCGAAGAGAUGCUUCAGACUUACGUCUUCCCGGACACCGUGACGUACAGCGCUGUCAUCACCGCAUGUGAGAAGACCCAUGAGUGGCAGCUGGCUCUUUCUGUUCUGCAGCGCAUGCGUGCCGCCGGCACCGAGCCAAACACCGUGACUUGCAGUGCUGCGGUGUCUGCCUGCGAGAAAGGGCUGAGCUGGAGGCAUGCUGUUGCACUCCUGGCCCAGAUGCACGUGGCUUCCUUGGAAGUCAACGAAUUCACUUUCAGUGCCGCCAUUAGCGCCUGCGAGAAGUGCAACUGCUGGGAGAUCGCCGUUCAGCUCUUCUCGGAGGCCCAGGGCUCGGAGUCUUCCAUUUGGGUGCACAACGCCUUGGCCAGCGCGCUCGAGAAGGGUGGACAGCUGGAGAAGCUGCUCUCCCUCUUGAAAGGUUACACACAACGCUGCAUUGGCCGCCUGCCGACGUGCUUGGAGCUGGGACACUUGGCACUUGCAGCCCUUUUGGCCACCGCCUUGCCCGCUCCCUCCUUCGCGUCCCUCGGACCUGGUGAUCCCAAGUGUUGGACUGGGCUGGAGGAGGAACGGCGGGAGGCUUGCUGUGAACAUCCUGGGUCUGGAAGGCAGCUUGCAUGCUGGAAGGGGAAAGGCCUCAACUUCGAGAGAUGUUGCCUCGGGCUCAGCGACUCCUGCUACAAGAGCCAGUCACAGUUCGGUGAGGAACUCAAGGUGAUUGAGCUUCUCGGAUGGCGCACGAAGAGGGAUGGGGUUUAUGUCGAGAUCGGUGCCUUGGAUGGCUACAAGUAUUCAAACACGCUCACCCUGCAGACGUGCCUGGGGUGGACCGGAAUGUUGAUAGAGGGCAGCCCGCGCAACUUUCAAAUGUUGAUCCGGAAUUUGCAGUAUAUGGGCAUAACAAACGUUAUUCCCCAGUACGGGGCAGUGUGCCCACCUCCCAUCACGAAUACAACGUUUUCGAAAGGUGAUAUUCCGUAUGUCGAUGGAGACACAAGACACCUCUCCGAAACGGUGCGGAGCAGAUUCAAACGCCUGCGCCAGCAUGUCGUGGUGCCUUGCAGGCCCAUGUCUUGGUAUCUGAAGGCCCUCCCGAAGAAACAUGUGGACUUCCUGGUCCUGGACGUUGAAGGCGCCGAGUUAGAAGUUCUGCUCACCAUGAACUUUUCCGAGGUGCUGGUGGAAUCCUUUAUGAUCGAGCUACAUGAUCUGACGCCUUUCGAGAAAGCACAAAGCUGGAAAAUUCGAAACUUGAUGGGCAAUCUUGGCUACAAGGAGUGCCAGAAUGCCAAGCUGUACUUGAGCGCCCUGUUCGUUCUUCAGAACGGGCGAUAUGCAAGCAUUUGCUGA